CAGUAUGACAUGCAGAUGAUAGUGCCGUCGAUCUUAGAAUCACCGCACACUUCACUCAUUUUUGGGCAGUUCACGGGGCCAAAUCCACCAGAGUGUGGAGCCACCAGUGUGGCGGUGGGACGGCAGCAGCAAUGGGAGGCCAUACAGCACCACUAUGACAAAUGGAAACCCACCAGUCAGUGUGAGGAGACCUGAAAGUGGCACAUGGCAUGAGUGUGGCGAUGGAGACAGCAAGCAAUGGGAGGCCCGUUAACAGGGACCAUGACACACUCUGGUAUCCUAGGCAGCAGCGAUGAGGAAGGUGGUACCAAGGGGCCCAUGACAAGAUUACGGGCCUCGGCCAGCAGCUAUGAGGAGGUCGGUGAACCACCCUACACCUAUCACAAAAUGGAACCCACCAACAGUGUAAGGAGACCUGAACGUGGCACA